GUUGGGUUGUUCCAGUUUCACUUUGUCUCUCACUUGCCUGUGAGAAAUAAAAUACCACUAAGGCUGUAUGGAAGGACAAUUCUGUGGCUUUCGCCUGGUUUCUUGACUUCUGUGUGACUUGUAAUAGUAAUUGGUAAAUUAGAGUCAACAGUCAACAACGUAAUUGGCGACCACGAAGGGACUGGAUCAGCGUCGACUUGUCGAUCUUGGCACACAAGUGGGAACGCCUGGGCCCAAAAUGUAAAGGAGUGGUCCAGCUCCGCAGCCUUACAUGGUGAAAUACCAGACGGCCCCGACUCAAGACUAGAAACAGAGGAAGAUGCAGAGGGAGAGAAACAACUAGACUGGUGCCGAAAACCACAGCAGACCAGAGAAAACAGAUAAGACUCCUCCUGCUGCCAGUCUUCACUGAGCAAAGAGACUCUGCCUCGUUAGAGUUAACUCUCUAAAGGAGUGUGCCGAUGGUGGUGGUGUUCUGAUGUUCCAUCCUGUCAAACCUCGAGGGCUGAACGCGAUGGGGACAAUGAUGAAGAUGGCUCCCGUCACUCUCAUCACGCUUCUCGUGCUCUCGUUCUGCUCCUGCAUCGCCUCCACAGGUUCUCAGGAUCCUUGUAACUUGUAUGGCACGACCGGUGGAACCGUCAGUAUACCUUUUAACCUCAAAGACAAAGUACACAGCUUGAAAUGGUACAAAGACAAUCAAGCUAUCGUCAGUAAAAGAGGAGACACUGUUAACAUAGGGAACUCAGAUGUUCUUCAUGCAAAUGGAUCCCUGAAGCUAACAAACCUGAACAAAAGCAGUUCCGGAGUAUACCGCUUUGAGGCUCAUGACAAGGAUGGGAAAGUAUUAUCAGGCGGAAAACCCAUUCGUUUAUGCAUAUUGGAUCCUGUGAAGAAGCCUACAGUGUCAAUGAAGUGUAUGGAUAAGUUAGAAGUCCAGUUUACCUGCAACGUGGUUGGGAAGGCUCACACUACUCUGGAAUGGUUUCACGAUAACAAGCCACUUCCAAAAGAGACCGGUAAAACUCUGACAAAACCAGCUAGCGAACUGCACAAAGAAGUCACCUGCAAAGUUUCCAACAAUGCCGACUUCAAGACCAGUGAACCCAUUACACAAGACUGCUCUGUAUUGGGUUUGCCUAAAAAUGUUUUUGGCGUUAGUAUCUGGAUUUUUGUGGGAGGUGGAGCAGGUAUUGUCGUGGUGCUGAUCAUCAUUGUCAUCAUUUGCUGCGUCCAGACCAGACGGAAAAGGCAACUGCGGCUGAAAGAUGAGGACGAGAUGCGUCUACAUUGGGCCAGGGAAGAGGCACAUAAUAAUCAUCAUCAUCAUCAUCAUAAUCAACAACAACCUGAUCAUGAUUAUCAUAGCCAUCCUCAUCAUCAGCAGCAGCAGCCAGCCGGCCACACCGGCCCUCGGCAAACUCGCUCCAAGCAACGCAACCAGCAGCGCGGCAGGCUCCCGGAACCCCCCACCGAACAGCCUCAGCCCAGCCCCAGACGACCUGCACAGGCCCUACCGGCCGACGUCGAUGGCGACGAAGAGAAUCCUCCUCCUCUUCCUCAGCCCAGAAAGAAAGGCCCCAGGACACAUAGACACAAAGAGUGUGACGGCGUGUGAGUUUAUAAAAUAUUAGCAGUGUUUUUUUUUUUUUUUCAGUCUUGUUUCAGUUCACUCUCCGCUUUUUUUUUAAUCUACAUUUUGCACUGAAAAGGAUCACCCAAGCACAGAAAGAAAAAUCACACCUUCAUACCAUCAUCACAAUGUGUUUAAAAAUCCGUUUGAACAAACUUCAAAGUAUUGAAACGAAGCUGUUCCCAAGCUAUGAAUUAGCUGUGACUCUCAAACUACCCAACUACCCAAAUUUAUAGUACAUGGUAGUGCACACAGUGUGAGGCCUACUAUAAUGUCAAACUAUAUUCCAAAGUACCUUAUAUUUCCUUAUUCUUGAGCCAAUCAUGAUACAUAAAUAUUCAUAUUUUUCAGUUAUUCAUAUAACUGGUAACCAGUGACUGUAUCUUUAAAUCCAUAAUCUUAAUGUAAUCUUGUUUGUUUGUCUUUGUUCCUUUAAAAUGUGGGAAGUGCAAGAACAGAAGUUAAUCCUGUUCUUACACUUUCAGAGAAGAGCCUUCUUUCGCUUUCCUUCUGAACACACACACCUAGAAAGGUGGCUAGCAGGACUAUAUCUUUUCCACAUGUCACGCUCUUUGUCUGUCUUUAUAUUAGGCUAAGCUAACUGGCCCGUGGCUAUGUAUUUAGCACACAAUUGUUAUUCUGCUGUUUCUUCUGUAUUUUUUUUUUUAUUUCUUAUUUUUUUGUACCAGACCUGUGUUAUUCAGUUUUUUUCUUUGAAUAUAUCCUCAUCUUACAAGGCUAUCUUAUGAGGAACCUCUACUCCAAGAGGAUGCACGCCUGAACGUAACAGCUACAACAAUGUAUGAACCUGUCUAGAACAUACACAAGCAUGUAUUCACCUGUAAUUUAAUGAUACAGUUUAUGUUGUAUGCACCAACAUAUGUACUUUCAAUGUGAAAAUGUAAAUGUAUGCGAGUAUGUUUUUAAAUAAACGAUGCAAACUACGA